AUGUUUUUGGAGAACCGCGAGAAACAGAGCGUGUUAAAGCUGGUUUUGGAGCUUAACACCGUCUUGAUGGCUGGGUCCUGUGCUCUCGUGUCCUGGUAUAUGAAGUUUUUGUCCUCAGACACGGAUCCGAGCGUGUUUCCCGAGAAGUUGUGCCAUUUAACAUCGUUAACGAUACCUGUGUGGUGUUUGAACACCUGUGUUGGAGUCAGCUCCGCGCCCGUUUGCGAACAGUCCCAAAUAGCCACCGUCUGGUCGUCCGAGCCAGUGACCAAUUGUUCUGCCACCACAGGGUUCCAACUCAAUCCGUAUCCGUUGUCAGUGUGGUGCACCAGUUUUGUCUUACUUUGCUCGUUCAUCUGGGAAUCCAAACAAUACACAAACACCUCUCCGUUUCCGUUGAUGGUGGAAAUGACUUUAUUAUUCUGGGGCAUUGCACGGACUCUAUUGAUUUCCAUUUCUUGA